GGAAAUUCCGCCCCCGACGAUUUCCGGUUAGGGAAUGAAUUCGCAAUGCUCCGUGAUUCUCUCCAACCCCGUAAACAGUAUACAGUACUGAAGCCCUACAAAACUCGGCGAUGGGACCAAGCUCCUCUUGAGCUGGUUUCUCGGCUUCUAUCAUCAUCCGUUGUACGAUUAGUUUCCCACGAUGGGACCCUUCGCUCUGAAUCUCCUUGUCGUUGCCGCUCUUGUGUGCGGUGAGGCCGCUGCCCAGCUUCUUGCGUUCCCGGGUGCCGAGGGUCUUGGUCGCCACGCGACUGGAGGCCGUACAGGCCAAGUUUACAAAGUAACUAACCUCAAUGAUGCCGGCCCUGGAUCCCUACGGGAUGCUGUGUCGCAGGCCAACCGCAUCGUCGUCUUUUCGGUCGGUGGAGUGAUCAAUAUCAGCUCCCGUAUCGUCGUUUCAAAAAGCAUAUACAUUGCCGGCCAAACCGCUCCAGGAGAUGGUAUCACAGUCUACGGCGACGGCUUCUCCUGGUCCAACGCGCACAACUCCAUCACCCGGUAUAUCCGCAUCCGGAUGGGCAAAGGCGGCCAAUCUGGCAAGGAUGCCAUCACUAUUGCCGAGGGUCACACUAUGAUAUUCGACCAUGUCAGCGUUUCAUGGGGCCGAGACGAGACGUUUUCCAUUAGCGGAACCACCGCAAAUAUUACUGUCCAGGAUACCAUCAUCGCCCAGGGACUCGAGACCCAUUCUUGUGGUGGCCUCAUGGAGACCGACGGCGGCAUCAGUCUUUUCCGCAAUUUGUACAUUGACAACAAAACCCGCAACCCGAAGGUUAAGGGCGUUAACGACUUCCAGAACAAUGUCAUCUACAACUGGGGUGGUGGUGGUGGGUACAUUGCUGGUGAUAGCGCUGGUGCAAGCUACGCCAACAUUAUCAACAACUACUUUAUUUCGGGUCCAAGCACGGAUGUGACCGCUUUCACACGCGGCAAUGCAAACUUUCGUGGAUACGUGUCGAACAACUUCUACGAUUCCAACAAGGACGGUACUCUGGACGGCACCGCUCUCUGCGUCUCAACGACCUGCUACUCGAACAUGGCAAUCCAGAGCAGCAAGUUCAACUACCCUGGCCCUGCCAACGUGCUGUCCCCCGCUGCAGCCGUAGACCACGUCAUAGCUCGCGUUGGCUGCUCGAGGCCCGUCCGUGACGGGGUUGACACGACGCUCAUCAACCAGCUGAGGAGCUGGGGAAAGUCCGGGGCUCUCAUCAAUGACGAGUCGAGCAUGGGCGGUCCGGGCACCAUUCGUGGCGGGACGGCGCCUGACGACGCGGAUGGGGACGGCAUCCCAGAUGCUUGGGAACGAUCCAGUGGCCUGGACGCCAACGAUGCCAGUGAUGCGAUGCGCAUCUCGGGUAGUGGGUAUACUAACCUUGAGCUGUACGUCAACUCGCUCGUGCCAGGCACAUAUUAGAGGAAGGGGUUGGUGGGAUUAGUAAGAGAGUAUAUGUAAUUAACGAAUUCUCAGCUUUCUGGGUUAAAAUAAAAAGCUUUGAUGGCUUCAACGUGAGUGAUGUACAGACAAGGCUGUGACCUCGGCCGGAGCCAACUACCUAGGUACCAGGUACCUUACCUACGUAGGAGUGAACUAUUUUUCCGGGCACACGAGCUCCCAAUAUCUCCAAUACCUACUACGCCGAACCAAAUCCCAGAGAACACAAAGUUGACCAAAGCAGGUUCAAGAUUAAUCUGCUCGUCUUCGUUUAUCAAAGCUUCGUCGAGUUCAAGUAAAGGUGGGACAACCUCAAGGUGGCUCAG